AAACACCCUCAUCUCCUAAGGGACUUUCUUUCUACACUUCUUUGCCACAGAGGAUUAGAAGUAAAACAGAUGUUAUCUUAGAAGAGUAAUUAAAAAGGAAAUAAAACCAGAACAUUGCAUUUUGGGGUAGGACAAACUCACAGGAAGCUUCAAACUAGUUAGAAGACAUCAAUUUUUCUGUGCCUGGUCAGCUGCUGUAUCUUUGGAGGAGAAGGAUGCUGUCGGAAGGUUACCUUCACAGAAUUACCUACCUUUGCCAAGACCUGAACCCUGCGCUCUACAAGAGUUUGCCUGAUGAAGGGGUGUAUGAAAUGAGGUCCAUUAAUUACUCUUCCACAGGUGAAGCACAAGGAAAAAGCCUCCUUCAGAGAUGCAGAUCUGCUGGCAAGUGCAUUUCCUCAGUCUGCUCUAGAGGUAGCAAGCACAGCAGAAGGCAGAAGGAUAAUCUCCCCCAACCUGUCCAGCACCCAACACCCACAGGGCAGCCCCCUCCAGCUUCAGACAUUUGUGAGGAGCUGACAAAAAAAGUCACCUACCUGGUCCCACCUUCCUGCAAGAGCAUUUGCAAGAACUACAACGAUUUGCAUAUAGCUGGGGACUACGUGGUGCCAAUCAGCUCCGUCACCACAGAUUUUGCUUGUGACAGUGGCAUAGGCCCCUUCUUGGAGUCCUCAGAGAUUCCUCCUGCCAUGGAGUCUGUGAAGGCUGUCCCCACAGGUGACACCAUCUGCAGGCCGCCCCACGGCCACUCCUCGUGCUGGCGGCUGGCCAGCCUGGGGCCCCACCAGCAGCCCCUCUCCGACUCCGCCCUGAACGACUACCUCGAGCAGAAGCUGGUGGAGCUGUACAAGCAGUACAUCAUGGACAGCACAGCAAACAGGGCAUCCCCCACCCAGAUCCUGGCCUCUGAGCUGAUCAUGACGAACGUGGAUCAAAUCAGCAUGCAGAUAUCACGGGAGAGGAACAUGGAGACUGUCAAGGCCAAAGACAUUGUCAUUAGCCGCUUCUUACAAAUAGCCAGUGGGAAGAUUUCCUCGGAAAUGAGCACACCUACUCUGCAUAUUUCCCAAUAUAGUCACAUCAAUGCUUAGUGUUUGAAUGUUUUUAUGUUCUUCAAAGUCAGUUUUUAGUUUAAGAUACUUUCUGCUUAAUAAAAAUGCAUUAUCCACCACUUAAAUAAAACCUUUCAGUACAUAUUAAAUAAGUAAAACUCCCUGUACUCCUGUGCUGUGCAGCUCCUAUUGUGGACCAGUAGGUUUUUCUAUUUUCUUUUAAGUGUUUGUAAUGAACCUCAGACAUUAAAAAAGUUUCACAGAAAAAUGACUAAGAGCAUAUGAACUCGUCCAAGUGCUCAGGUGUUCACUUUGUUUCUCGCAUACUUAAUGUAUAAUUUCAACUUUCCUCUCUCUGGCAUCUGCCAUCCUACUUCUGGGUCUGCUUGUGCAGGCUUACACUCAUGUAAGGACAAGCAAGCACAGUGAUGGCACAGCCACAGAAAUACAGAUUUUAGGGUGUCAUCCAGUUCAUCUUCCUGGCCUUAAGGGCUUUACUUAGGACAUCCUUCACAGAAGGUUUUAGAAUUUGUUCUUAAAGAUAUUAAGGGAUAGACACUUUACAGCUCUUUCUAUCCUAACCCUAAUUUAAUUGGUGCCCUCCUGUUCAAGAGUCACCAUCCCUUUUUGUGAAGCACAAGCUCUGUUUCCAAACAGACAGCAUCCCCCAGAGUGUGUGUAAACCUGUGUGCUUUGCACUGACCCACAAUGAGCACUGGGGUCCUGUGAUCACAAACACCACCUUUGCCAGGUGCUCACACAUCUGACAGGGUGAAGGGGUCAUGCAGGGACAGCAGCAAUUAUAGAGGGAGAAGAGGAAUUAAUCUUUGUUAUGAGAAUUGCACAUUGAAGAAGCAGGGCUACUCCAAAGUCCAUUGGAUUAAUGUGAACAGGGCCCUGGAAUGAAGAAAAGCUGAAAUAGAGCAUUUGACACCAUGGCUGAACACUUGUUAGGAUUGUUGUAUCACAGGUCAAGAUCAUUUGAGCUUCAUGUAUUUCUGAUAGAGGGUCCUAUUUUGUAAGAUUUCACCAAGUUAAAAAAAAAA